UCCAUGGGUUCAAAACAAGAAGCGAAGCCACAUGUGGUAUGCGUACCAAUCCCAGCACAAGGCCACAUCAACCCUAUGCUCAAACUUGCCAAAAUCCUCCAUUCCAAAGGCUUCCUCGUUACUUUCGUCAACACUGAAUUCAACCACCAACGCCUCCUCAACGCUCGUGGCUCUUCUGCCCUCGAUGGCCUCCCUUCCUUCCGUUUCGAGACCAUUCCGGACGGCAUGCCGCCACCGGAGAACCCAGAUGCCACCCAAAAUGUCUACUCGAUAUGCAAGUCCACACAAGAAACUUGUUUGGAGCCGUUUAAGAGGCUUAUCGCCAAACUGAAUGGUUCCUUUUCGCCCGUGACUUGUAUAGUGUCGGACUUGCUUAUGGGGUUCACUCUUGAUGCUGCCAAAGAACUUGACAUCCCGGAGUUUGUGUUUUGGACGGGUGGGGCUGGUUCUCUCGUAUGCUAUGAUCAAUAUCCCAAUCUUGUGGAGAAGGGUUUCAUGCCUCUAAAAGAUCCAACUUAUGUAACAAAUGGAUAUUUGGAUACGGUUGUAGAUUGUAUACCAAAUAUGGAUGGUAUACGUUUAAGAGAUAUUCCACCGUUUAUUAGAACCGUCAACCCUGGUGAUGAAUUCAUGGUGGAAUUUACAAAUUCACAAGUGCAGAAAGCCAAAACCGCUUCUGGUAUUAUUUUCAACUCGUUCCAUGAGCUAGAAAACGACAUUUUGAGCACACUUGCUUCAACGUUUCCUCCUUGCUAUGGAGUUGGUCCUUUGCAUUUACUCGAAAAUAAAAUUGACGAUAAAUCUCUGGCAUCAAUCGGAUCAAACCUUUGGAAAGAAGAAGCAGAAUGUUUAACAUGGCUGGACUCAAAACCGCCAUCUUCAGUUAUUUACGUGAAUUUUGGUAGCAUUGCGGUCAUGACAAGCCAACAACUGGUUGAGUUUAGUUGGGGGCUUGCGAAUAGUAAUCAUCCAUUCUUGUGGAUAAUGCGACCAGGGAUGGUGAGUGGCGAGUCAACUCAGCUUCCACCAGAGUUCUUGAAAGAAACUAGUGGUAGAGGGAUGUUGGUUGGGUGGUGCCCUCAAGAACAAGUUCUAAAUCAUCAAUCAAUAAGAGGGUUUCUAACACACUGUGGAUGGAAUUCUACUAUUGAAAGUAUUUCCAGUGGAGUGCCGAUGAUUUGUUGGCCAUUUUUCUCGGACCAAUUGACAAAUUGUUGGUUGAGUUGCCGUAAAUGGGGGGUUGCCAUGGAGAUCGAGAAUGAUGUGAAAAGGGAUGAAGUUGAGAAGUUAGUGAUCGAGUUGAUGAGUAACGACAAGGGGAAAGAGAUGAGGAAGAACGCCGUUGAUUGGAAGAACAAGGCUAAUGAGGCAUGCACUUUUCCCUCUGGUUCUUCGGUGGUUAAUUUGGAGAAAAUGAUCCAUCAACUGCAAGUCGGCAAAUACUAAAUUGUCAGAGUUACCGUCAUAUUUCAAAAAAAAAAAAGGUCAGCAAAUACUUCUAGUUGAUUCAUGAUCCAUUUGAGAYGGUGUUGGGAGAAUUGUAAACUGUGCGUAUCUUAGUCAACGUACAUGCAUCAUGAGAUAUGAAAGUUAGCAGUUUGUCAAACUCUUCAGUGUACGCCUGUAUCUUACCAUCUUGUAGAUGAACUUCCAUCUUCAUGGUUAUAUUUAUAAAACAAAUUGUCUGA